AUGAAGUGUCAUGGAGAGUCUGAAUGCCACUACGCAUAUGACCAAUAUCUUUACGCCUGUGCGCCUGUUAUCAACAGGGAUAGGAAGAAGUGUCCCAGCCACUGCAUCUCGUCCCUUAUCCAGCUGAAUCUAACCGAGACCGGCCCGUCUCUGGAGGACUGUGACUGCGCCUCGGACCCCGUCUGCCAAAGCACCAAACGCGCCAUAGAGCCGUGCCUGCCUCGGACAAGCAACAUGGGCUGCACGGAAGCCCGGCGGCAAUGCGAGAGAGACUCCCAAUGCAGCUCGGCAAUGCGCGACUAUUUGUUUCACUGCCGUAAACUUUUCGGAGGGGAGAGAUGUUCGGACGAUUGCAGGAGGGUGAUUGCCAACAUGCGCAAUAUACCCAAAGCACAACAACUUGAUACUUGUGUUUGUGAUGGCACAGAGAGGACCAUAUGCGAGUAUGUCAAAGUUAGUAUGAAAAACUUUUGCUUUGACUCUAUGGACAGAUACGCGGGCAGCGGGUUUUCUGAUUCAGAGGACGACUCUGAAGAUGAUUAUGAUGAUAUGGAGGAUUAUAUAUAUGUGGAAAACAAUAGUGGUUCAUCCAGAUCCGCCUGUCAUGGUGUUGUUUGGACUGCUGCUGUGGCCACCAUUUUGGUUCUAAUGAAUCUUAUCUGAUAGUGCAGCCUACCCCAGUUGAUUCAGCUGUUGGGAAAGUUGUUCGAGAAAGAGAGGCCUGUGAAAUGUUGACACAGACAGAAUAGCUCAUGAAAGAGUUAUAACACCAGCACACCUGCUUUAGCAUAUACUUUUUGUGUAUGAAGGAUUUUAUGGCCUUUGCUCUGCUGUCUUCUUCAUGGAGCUUCUUCCCAACAUUCCGUCUGGUCUCUGUCUCACUCUGUCUCUGUGCUGAUAUGCUAUGGGUCAGUAAUUUAGGUAAAAACAUUUUAUAUUUCAAAUGUAUACUUUUUUGGGGUGAAUCUAAAAGGUUUAUAGAAUAAUUUCAAGACAGCUGUGCACCUCUAGGCUAUGUAAUAUUUUAACCAAACCUUGAAGAAUGUUAUAGGCCUAUUUCAUCAGCUAUUGCCUUACCUUGUGUAUCAUCACAAAAUAGCCUACAAUUUAUGGAAGUUUGACACAACAUUUUCUUUCAUGUGGAUAGACAAGUGACUUAGAAGAGUACGCUGCUAUACUGCUGUUUCGAGACAAUAAUGAAAACAACAGUAUUUAAAACAUUCUCUUCUUAGUCACUUGGUUGUAAUGUGGAGAGACUAAUCAAGUUGUCUUAUUUUCUUAUGAGCUAGACAAUAGACAUAGACAUACAUGUCAUUAAGAUGUCAUUUAAAUUCUAGUCAGUGGAUAAUCAUCUAGGCAAUGCAUGUGACGCAAGCACCUGACAAUAGUUUGAUUGGUUGGUUAGCCUACAUUACUAGCCUUAAUCAUGUCCCACACAUUUCGUUAAGCUCAGUAUCAAUAUAAAGUUUUGAAAAAGUUUUAAGGGAGAUUAUUUUUAUAUGUCAAAAUCUGUAAAGUUAAAUUGUACAGUUUAUUGUAUGAUAUUGAUUUUGUUUCCAGAGAUAUGUGUUUAUUACUGCUAAGAAGAGAUUUGCGCUGUAUAGAAAUGACGUGAAAUGCUUCACUGUGACUAUUGUAUAUUCCUUUGUGUCCACAGAGGUGAAAAUAUAAGUCUUCUUGCUUAAAGUGCUAUAUGACUCUUGAUUAUUUUACUCCACUCUUCCUUAUAUGGCCGUAUGGCACUGGGCAGCAGGCUAUUUCAGUACUAUAGGGAAAUAUAAAAAUAUAAGUCUUGCUUUAAAGCGGCAAUCAGCUGUUGAGACAAUAACGCGUUCUCCUCACCCGUUUCUGUAAAAAGCAGAGGGAUGGGGCUGGAGAAAUGUAAAGACUCUCAAAUUCAUAGACAGAGCUAUGGAUGCAACGACUGACCAUCCAUGAUAUCAAAAUAAUAGUUUUAACCAUGUUUUGCUACAUCCAUUUUUGGACUUAUAAAUUAUGAACCCAUUUGAUUCUUGAAGAAUAUAGCAUAUAAAUGCCUCAUGAGCUUAGUUCAACUGUCGUACCCCAUCAGCACCCACAAUAUAAGCUUUUUUUACUCCAAUGGUUUUAAAUAAAGUAAAUGUAAACAAACACUAUAGCCUCAAAACAUAGUUCGAACUAUAAUUUCGAUAUCAUGGAUGGUCAAUUUGAGAGUGGUUACAUUUCUCCAGCCCCAUCCCUUCAGCUUGUUAUUGUUUCAACUGGGGAUUGCCCCUUUAAAGUGCUAUUUGACUCUUGAUUGUUUCACUCUUAACUCUACCUUAAGUGGCCAUAUGAGCACUGGGCAGCAGGCUAUUUCAGUAUGGUGUCUCUCAAGUCUUUUGACAGCUGUACCAAUCCUUUCUACCAUCACAAAAACCCCUCAUUACGAACCAUCAGUUGAUCUGAGCUACUGAAUGUUGCCUAAAUCCAGGAGCAAAUAAAGAGGAAAAGAAAAGUUCUUAGUCGGAUCGAUAUACACUUGACCUUGUAAACAUCAAUGUUUGCUGAAGGCAUAAACUGUUAAUGCUGAAAGACUGUUUAAACAUGAGGAAGAAAGACUCCAUCUCCUGGGGAUUGCUGCUCAAAUGGAGCCAAGAAGGGCCUGGCUAGUUUAUUUAUCCUCACCCCAUGUGUUUGUUAAAAGUCUUCACACAGAGAGGAGACGGGGAAAGGAAAGCUGUGUCCGGAUGAAUGGAGACUUAAGUAGCCAUUACAAAUGCACUCUGAUUGGACUGCUGUUGCUGUGUGUGGUGUGUGUUAGCUACCGGCUGUUGCUAUGUAUGUGUAACAAAGUAGAAGUGUUUUUCUUUUUAAACACUUUUGCGUCAACUUUACUAUUAUUAUUUAUCACCCUGAACAGAAUUUAAAUGGCUGGUUAUAGACCCAGGUCUACUUGUAGAAGUUGUAGCCUAGCCUAACCCACUACCACCAAGGAAACCAUUUUAUUUGUGUGGAGAUAUGCUAUCACAUUUGUUUUCUCAUUUGGCACCACUGAGAGCCAGAAAAAGAGAGAGGGGACAUCACCCUCUCCUUCAACACUUGUCACAACAGGGACUUGAGAGCAAUGAUGGCAGCCAUGUUGUUUCUCUCUGGAGGAGGACAAGGGCCCUCCAGCCCAGUGAAUGGAGGAGAAGUCGAGUGGCACAACUGUCAUGGAAAUGUGAAACACACAAUGGUGGAGCGGCACAAUGUGCAGGCACUUCAUUCUCUCUCUUUCUCUCUGACAGCAUCUCCUCGGAGAGAGGGGCGGUUGGGGGAGUUGGGGGAGAGACAGAGACUGCAGAUAGGGGCUUCUUGGAAGGACUUGAGAAACUUCUGUCAAAGUUGUAUCUCUCUUUCUCUGUGUGAUGCCUCCAUGCUUAACAUUAGGUGACGCUCACUUGGCUUUAUUUGAAGGUGUGCUUAUGAACUGUUUAUGAAGAUUAUUAAAUAGUUUGUCAGCUAUUAAACGUAAUACAUUUAUAAGGCCUGAUGUUUCUGAUGUAUAUGAGUAAACGUCUUUAUGAUAAGACAUGUAUUAGGUACAACACACAUUAUUCAAUUAUUAAAUCUGCUAUAUAAUCAGGUUAACAAACUAUUUCAUACUGGUUUAUAAGGAGUCUGUGAACAGUUUUACAGCACAUGAUGCAUGUUUUAUUAUUAGCUCUUUAUAAAUACAGUUUUAGGAAGCGUACAUUUGAGAUAGUAGUUUACUAUCAGAAUUACAAUUAUGUGAUAUGAUAGCCAAUUAAAGCUAACACAUUUUUAAGCUGCAUAGCAGAUACCUAGCUAAAAAAUCAUUUGCCAUUGAAGAUAACAUAAACAAUUAGCUGAUCUAUAUAACCACUCAACACUUCGAUUCACUUAACAUUUUGAUUGUUACUGCAGUGCACAUUCAAAUAGACUGCAGUCCUAAAUAGAACCAAUGAUGUAUUGUGCUUCAAUUGCUAUUAGUUUCCUUCCCACUGAAUGUAAAAAAGAAAAAUAUGCAAACUGUGGAAACCCUGCAGCUCUGUCACGGUGAUGUGGCGAAUGCAUUUAUGGGCCUUUGUUAGCCGUCACAAAAGAGGGUACUGCCGCUUUAAGAGAGCAGGCCUGGGCUCCAACCAUUAAUAAUUGUAAUGCCUCUUUAUUAUUGCUGGGGAUAAUGAAGGAAUGAGAGUCAUAUGGGGCCCCCAAAACCAUACUUUCCCCUGAAAUGUUUUCAAUUAACUUUUGGCACCAGAGGAAAAUAGGCAAGUAGUUUUUUUCCCAUCAUGCUGAAACAGAGGAGAGGCUAGAGCCGGACGGGGUACGGCGCUGCGGGACACAGUACCUCAUUAAAGUAGCCUCAUCAUAACUCAAAGUGCUGCUUUUGCAGCCCCCUACUCCUAGUACCCCCGCUACACACACACACACACACACACACACACACACACACACACACACACACAUACACUCAGAUGUUCAUACAUACACACACACACAUACACACUAAGCCCUCUCCUUCAGGGUUACUCUGUGUUCUGCAGAAGCAGACUAAUAGUCUUACAUUAGUGGACAUUCCAAUCUAGACGCAAUUAAGGCGAUGAGAUGACUUAUGGUUGAGAUGCUUCUUGGAACAAUCAUGACUAACAAAUUCCCAUGAGCAUAAUGACCACAUUUUUCCCUGUGAAGUCUUCUAGAACUUUCUCUCAGUUUACAUAGCAUUUGUAGGUGAGGCAAACAUACUGUACAUAUACAAACUGUACAUUUAAUCUAUGUAAACUGGAGUUAGGAAAUAAGUAUCAGAUAAAUAAGGUGCAUUGUGUGUGUCGCAAAAAGGAGCAUAUUAAAUUAGAUUUGUGUUAUAAAGUUGUGAUAUGAGAAUAACAUUUGCGGCCCCUGAACUAUUUUCCAUGUUGUUUUCGUAGCAUGUGUAGGGUACUCAAUGAACUGCCCACAAUGGUCAGUAAUGAAAUUACUCUCUUUCUCUUUUAAGCCUCUGUGAAACUCUUCCAAAAAGUUUUCAAAAUUCCAAGCUGCCACAUUGAUUCUGUCACGUCAAGUCCUUUCUGAGUUCACCGGCUUUUGAAAAAAGGGAAACUGUCUCUAAUCCAGUUAGACUUCCUUGUGCCUCAUGUGAAGCGAGAUGGGGAGAAAAAGUAAAAAAAGAGGGGGAAAGGUAAGAUUUAAGUUGCUCUCAAAGAGAAGGUUGGUUUCCUAGUCAUGUGUAAACAGUCAGCCUAUCUUAGAAACCAUGCUGAUUUGAAAUUGAACUUUAAAGUAUAAAGCAAGUGUGUAAGGUUUUCUAAAUAUACUGUAUAAACAUGCUACAGUAAAUUAUAUUUGUUUAAAUGCAAGAUCUUAGGACUUAGGGGUAACUUUUCCUCAGUGGUGUAAAAAUACUUUAAAGAACUACUUAAGUAGUUUUUUUUUGGUGUCUGUACUUUACUAUUUAUAUUUUUGAUUACUUUUACGUUUGCUUCACUACAGUCAAACCAAGGUUUUACUCCAUACAUUUUCCCUGACACCAAAAAGCACUCAUUACAUUUUGAAUGCUUAGCAGGACAGGAAAAUUGUCCAAUUCAUGCACUUAUCAAGAGAACAUCCCUGGUCGUCCCUACUGCCACUGAUCUGGUGGGCUCACUAAACACAAAUGCUUCAUUUGUAAAUUAUGUCUAAGUGUUGGAGUGUGCCCUGGCUAUCCGUAAAUAAUAAAACAAGACAAUUGUGCCGUGUGGUUUGCUUAAUAUAGGGAAUUUUAAAUUAUUUAUACUUUUACUUUUGAUACUUAAGUAUAUUUUAGCAGUUACAUUUAAGUAUAUUUAAAACCAAAUACUUUCAGACUUUUAAUCAAGUAGUAUUUUACUGGGUAUUUUACGUGAGUAAUUUUCUAUUAAGGUAUCUUUACUUUUACUCAAGUAUAACAAUUGAGUACAUUUUCUCCCACUGCUUUUCCUCUUUCAUUGACACAUAUUUGCUUGUCAUGACUGUAUUAAACCACACCACGUCUUGUGGACGGGGUGUCUGCCAGUAGUCUUGACUACUUAAACCUCUCAGAACUGACCAGAGAAUAAACAAACUCACCCACAGACAAACUGAGUACGUAAACCCCACCGCAGCGGCCAACUGAGGUCUGUGGAGGCUAUAGGGGGGUUAGGAAGGGCGCUGCCUGGUUCACCCUGAGCUUUAGGAGAGGUGAGAGGGGGGUUACAGUGGGGGAUGGGCUGAUUUAUGGUUGUUAAGUGCAUGGGGGAAGGGUUGGGAGUUUGAGGAGUGACGGACUGGGGUGUGUAGAGGGAGAGGGGGGCGGAGGUUGAAUGUUGUUGAGUUCAGACCUCUCUGAAUGAUGAUGCUGACACACAGGCUGUGUCCCAAAUGGCACCCUAUUCCCUGUGUACUGCACUACUUUCACUACAUAGGGAAUAGGAUAGGGCUCUGGUCAAAAGUAGUGCACUAGAUAGGGAAUAGGGUGCCAUUUUGGACACAGAUAAAGAAGGAGGAUAUUCACCCCGGCCAAGCAGAUAACUUCUCCUAACCAAGGGAUCUCUGGAUGUUGGCGCUCAGCGGGGCGCCCUGAUUGAUUUCUCGUUCCUGCCGCUCCCUCCUGCGUCCUGGGCCAGAGAAGACGAAUAGAGGUACGCAAAAGUUUUGAAAGGACCAAGGGAGUGGGGAGUGAAGUGUAGGUUUUGAGUUUGGGCUGGGGGUAGAGUAAGAGGAUAGAGGAGGAGGAAGGAACACAAAACAUUGCUGACACAGGGCAUAACUUCAUUUCCACGGUGCUGGGACAGCUGUGCGCAGUAAUCUGCCAUGGCGGCGCUCUAAAACAUCAAUGGCUUCACUGACCCCAGGGGGGAGACUCCAACUGUGUCCAGCCGUUUAGAGGAGAGGACCAGGGAGUGGAGCCCCUUUCACACCAUUCAGGGGUUUGUCUUAAAGAAAUAUAUACCCCCCUUUACCUCUCUGAGAGGAGAACGUCUGAUAAUAUGGGGGCCUGUGUGUUUAGGUCCAAUGACGCAAGGAGACAACAAUGGGUCAUUUUUUAAAGCAAACUUAGAAUUCAUGCCUUAGUUCUAUAGCUGUUUGAUCAAUGAGCUGGGAAACAAUCACACACAUCCCUAUAUGCAAGAGUUUUGAUCUUGGGAAAAUAUUUUUGGGAAAGUUAGAUUACCUUUAUUUUAUUUUACUUUUAGAUAUUGUCACCAUUCUGUAAGUUGCAAAUUGUUGUUUGGAAAAUGUACAAACAUUAAAAUAAUAUAUUCUGAUGUGGAAUAUGGCUUUAUACAGCCUAUAAGGACCCACAUAAUUUCAACCAAGAUACAUAGGCACCUAAAUGGGAUUUGUGUGUGUGAUAAUUUUUGUGAAAUAAUGAUUGUUGUCUAUUUCAUUUUGAAGUAAAUGACCCUACCAUUCGUUGAGAUACAGAUGUUACAUUUUGUCUUGUCAUUUGACCUGUUUUCACAUUGUGCACUUGCUGUUGCUAUACAUGUUUUUUGUGUCGUUAUGGAAUCAAGAAAAGUUUUGUAGUAAAGGUUUUUAACUUCUCCUUUCCCUCAAACUCAUGUCACUAAAUCACUAAACCAACCUCACACUUUCAGAUUGCCCAUUAUAACAUAACCAACAUGUUUUAGCAUAAAAACAGAACGUUAGAAAAACAACUCCCACAACUACACUCUCCUUUCAAAUAACGUUUCAAAGUCGUUUUUCCCUUUUGCGUGCUCAACGAUUAACCAAUAUAAAAAAACAUGAGUAAACAGAGAACUGGGAGAGUCUAUCGAUGGCGAGAGGUUCAUUAUUUUGUGCUAACCAUGUUGUUAACCUAAGAUAAUGGCUCGAGGCUGGGGUGCUGUCGGCAGUGAAUAGGGCUGAAUGGGGGCUCAAAGCUUUACUCCAUUAUCCUGACAUCCUGAGGGCCAGGGGCCACCACCCCUAGCUGCUGUCUACUAGGUAUUCAUCCAUCACACAUUCCUCCCUCUCUCUCUCUCCCUCCUCUAUGCUCUGUGGCUUUUUCAUUUUGCGAUAAAGCGAGGGAGGAUCGAUGGUGUUAUUUUUGAAAAACAAACUGCAGGUCAGACCCUUGAGAGGGGAAGAGAUGGAGUGAUAGAGAGAGGAAGGGAGAGACACUGGAUAUAAGAGAUAGAUGGCAUGGAAUUAUAAGAGGAAAGAACAAUAGAGUUUGGGUGGAGAGAGAGAGAGAGAGAGAGAGAGAGAGAGGACAAGGUUGAUAUAAGACUGAGGCCAAAAGUGUAUGUGGCUUUUAAGAAGAGUCAGAGAGUCUAUUGAAACAAGAUAAGCAACUCAGGAUAUGAGGGUGAUAAGACUGUUCCAUGCAUACCUAACCAUUACAGCAAUGGAGAAGUGAUCACAUUGAAAAGCUCGCCUACAAGAUCUCAUGCCAGUGUUUUAAAUGUGUUAUAAACACAUACUUUUAAGGUAUGCUGCUGCACUGCAGUUCAUUUGAUGUAUUACUGUGCAACUGUGGCAGCCAGCACUCUCAUGCUUUUGUAAGCAGAAUGACACUUUGACACCCCCACAUUUUCUCUCUCUCUCUCUCUCUCUCUCUCUCUCUCUCUCUCUCUCUCUCUCUCUCUCUCUAUCUCUCUCUCUCUCUCUCUCUCUCUCUCUUUCCCUCCCUCCCCCUUCUUUCUCUAUUCCUCCCCCUUUCUCUCCACUCUCCACCACUCCACCACUGUUUGUUUAACAAGCUUGGCUCAGGCGCAGGGAUCUUCAGUCAUGCCUGCAGUGUUGACGGUAAAUGACUCAAUUUAAAUCCGAGAGCAAACAGGCAAAUCAAAGCCAGCUGAGCUAGGCAAAUAUCACAGUUCAUCUCAAGCCCCUUCUACCCAUUGUGAGAGCAGGAUCUAGGAACAUUAGCCCAGUGCUAAUAGCUUUGUUCACAGCUCUCCGAUGGAAGCAGAUACACUAAGUCACAAAAUGGGGCAGGACAUUUGUGGUUGUUAGCAGAGGCUUAAACAAAGGUAAAAUGGCCUUGACAGUGAAGUGCUAUGUAGUAACAGGGUUAUUACCCUGUGGUUGUUAAAGGAACGUGUCUGUGCGUGGAUGUGUGUUUGUGUGUGUGUGUGUUUGUGUGUAUGCGUACGUGUGUGUGUACCAUAUGUGUGUGUAGGCCAUUCGCAGCAUGAGUCUGUGUAUCAGUACUGUGAUGACCAGAGGGUAAAAACAACGGGGAGAUCAUUCUGCCUCCUCAACAUCCACUGUCACUUUCAAUCCUUUUGGUUGUGAAACCACAGAUAAAUCGCCAUUCAGGUUAUAUCCAGCAGGACACAGAGACCAGCGGGAGAGGAUCAGGAUCAGGAAAAUAUUUUCGACCUGGCCUGUCUGGUUCUAGUUUGUUCUAGGAGCCCUGCUGUUACCAGUUCAGACUUGUGCCAAAUGAGAAACAUGCCUAUGUGAGAGGUAAUACCCAAAUAUGUUCAUAUAGAAAGAAUGCUCUCUUUGUAUGCAUACUUAAUGUUAGCCAAAGAUUACUGCAAACUUAAUUUAUGGGGUCUUGAUAUCUCUAUACACCAUUAGAUAUCUUCUUUACCCCCUGUCCAUGUCAAGAUAAACCAUCUUUGAAUCUCAAGCACCUUCAUUCAUCAGUCUCCAUGUCCUGUCCAGAUCUCAAUUCUCUGUCGUCCCCCCCCCCCCCUCUCUUUCUCUCUUUCGCUCUCUAUCUCUCUCUGAAGCUUCAGCUCAUCUGUUUCUCAUUUCCACUGGCGUAGCUGCUUGGAAUGUGGCCAUGUUUUUAAAGAUGAGUUAUUACGCCAUUAAUACAUACUUUACCCAACACAAUUUGAAGUUGGCCAAAGUGGAAAGACACACAGCAGUACAGCACUGUGUUUUAGAUAAGGAACAUGGCUGUUUUGGAUUACUUCGUUUAGUAUGGUUUCAUGCAUACUUGGAAAGUAGGUUACAUGAAAGAUUCCUCGGUUUUGGAAAAUUAGUUUGAAAUGUUAGUUAUCUUUUUCUGUUUGUGAUAUCAAGGGGCUGAUCAGAUUUAAUGGCAUAUUUUCCUCUCUAAAUGUACUGUAAAUGGCCCUCCAGUGCCAUUAUUUAAAUUUCCUUAGUAGAAAAAAGAGGAUAACUUCUUUAUGGAAACUCUAACAAUAAUAUAUUCAACUGCUUAUAUAUAUUUUAAUAUGAGAAUAUUAUGGUUCUAGAUACUGUUUUGUUUCCUAAAGUUAGGAUCAUAAUAUUAUGAAUGCCAAACCAUAAUGAUAGGUUUUGGUUUAUUAAGUCGAAUGGGAUAAAAUACAUUAGCAUUUCAAGAUGUUAUAUGGCAUUUUCCUAAAUUCCCAAGAUCAUGAGGUUUUGAAUGAUAUGCAUGAUGAUUAGUAACAUACUGUACCUAAGGUCUCUAAGGACCGUAUGAAUAGUAUUAACCACUGUUAGCCACAAGACGGCUACUCCAGUUCACAGUCCACCAUAGGGAACACAUUGUUGAGAUUAGGAAGAAUGUAUCAUGCGUAAUGUCAUUGGAUCAUGUUUUGAUGCACUUAAGAGGUCAAACUUUAUUGGAAAAUGUUUAUUUGUAGAACACAACUAGGCCUACCUCAAGGGAGUUGAUACAAUUCUUCCUAUCACAAAAUUAAAUAGGCAUUUGUGUGUGUGUGUGUGUGUGUAUGUGUGUGUGUGAGUGCUUGUGCGUGCGUGCGUGCGAACAAGUGUGUAAAAUAUGUAUUUUAACUCCUUUCUGACUUUGUCAAUAUAGAUAAGGGUGUCAGUUUGUUAUGCUGUGUCAUCAAAACGUAUGUGUAUGAGUCUGUUCAGCAGUAGUCUUUACUGACUGUGUUUCCCCUGCAGGUGGCGCCAGUGAAGCCUUGUGUGUUGCAGCUGUAGAUCCUGGUACGUUUUCCUUCACUGCUGCCCAACAUGACCAGUUCCCCUCCUGA